AUGAUCACCGGCAUCGCGCAUAUCAACCUUACCGUCCCCGCGGACACCCUCGCCCAGGCAGAGGAGUUCUAUGGCGGGACGCUUCAGCUGCAAUCGACGCCUGUGCCUGAGUUGCAGCGGGGGACGUUAGCUUGGUUCAACAUCGGCACCUCGGGCCAGCAAGUGCACAUCUCCUUCGGCACGACAAACCCCAAGAGCGGGCGGCACCCGUGCUUCAAGCUCGGUUCGCAGGAGGACCUGGAGCGUCUCAAGACAAGGAUUUACGAGCAUUAUCUGCAGAAGGGCCCUGCUUCGCCCAUGGCGGCGGAUAUGCCCGGGGCGAUGGAUUCGGGCGCGCAGGGGAAGGAGUAUCCGAAGCGAUUCUUUGCCAGGGACUAUGCGGGUAAUCGGUUGGAGUUUACGCUUUGA